UUUUACUGUUCAAUUGUUCCGGUUGUUCUGCAUCAAAUUUACUGUGACUAUGUUGUGAACAGCUAUUUCCAAAAAAAAGGUCAGACUCAAGGAAGCUGUGAUUUCUCAGGCACUGCCACUGUUGGUCAAACUGCCCCUACAGUAGCUUCUGCUAGUUGUGUUUAUCCAGCAAGCCCCAGUCAAACAGUAACAACCACAACUACAACUCCAACCACAACACCUUCAACUCCAACCACAAGCACCACAACUCCUUUAGUAUUCGGCUCAGGAAUCAGCCCCACAGGAAGUGGCUCUACUGGCAUCAAUGACUCAAGUGCUACUCUACCUCUCAUCACUAGAGGCACUAACCUGUUCUUUUCUCUGGGCCUGACCCUUUGGUUAGUGUUGCUGUGGGCCUGAUAAUAAUACUACACCUAGUUCAAAAAAAGAGGGGAGGUAUUGACUAGUGGGGUUGAUUUAUGGUUCUUUGGCAAUGAUUUCUUUGUCUUGGUGCUUGAUUUGAGCAUGUUUUUGUUGCUACAAGCAAACACAAAGCCACAAAACCGCUAUUGGUCCUCAACAGACUAAUCACAAGUCACAUGCAUUCUUUUCUGUCAAAUGUAUUCUUUAAUGUUAUUGUGUCAUGUGUUUUGUUUACCAUUAGAGUGAAGGGGAAGGAAAAAGGAAACCUUUAUUGUGGAGGGAUCCAUUGAUAUAGCUAGAAUAAUAUGAUUUGAACA